AUGCGUAAUUUGAUCACACUGAACAAGGGUACGCUGAAACCAGCGGGCUCAGCCGAGGAGCUAAACUUUUCUUUGCUUGAAAGUUGCUUUGACACAUUGACUGAUAGUAUCACCUGUGUCUUAGGUUCCAUGGAGGUUGGUAUGAUUGAAGUACAGCAAUACACUAAGACCGGUAUGAAGAAUAUACUGGCAUCCUUCAAUAUCGAGACAUUUGAUGACGAAUUAUUAUCUUUCAUCCAUUUUGCUGACAUGAAUCAAUUGAUCUUUGUUUUCAGACAAGGUGAUAUUAUCUCUGCUACAUAUGAUCCUUCAAGUUUUGAUCCACAACUCACAGUUGUCGAAAUUGCAGGUUCAUUGGAUGGCGGUAUCGAAGCUGCAGAAUGGUCCCUCGAUGAAGAGACUCUUGCUUUAGUUACUACAGACCGUAAUGUUGUUUUAUUGAGUAAGAUGUUGGAACCAAUAUCGGAAUAUCACUUGAGUGCAGAUGAUCUAAAGAUUUCGAAACAUGUUACUGUUGGAUGGGGUAAGAAAGAAACUCAAUUCAGGGGUAAAGGUACUCGUGCUAUGGAGAGAGAUGCCCUUGCCAGUUUAAAGGCGUCAGGUCUGGUAGGUAACCAGCUAAGAGAUCCAACAAUGCCAUAUAUGGUGGAUACUGGUGGAAUUACAUCAUUAGAUUCUCAUAAAGUUGCUAUAUCGUGGAGAGGAGAUUGCGAAUAUUUUGUUGUAUCGUCAAUUGAAACUGUUGAAGAUCCAGAUGAUGAAAGUUCUACUAUCGAAAGAAGAGGAUUUAGAGUUUUUACACGUGAGGGCCAACUCGAUAGUGCAUCGGAACCUGUCACUGGGAUGGAAGGUCAAUUAAGUUGGAAACCACAAGGUGCCUUAAUUGCUUCUGUUCAACGUAAAGCUGACAGAGGGGAAGAUAAUUCCCUAGAUGUAAUAUUCUUUGAAAGAAAUGGGUUAAGACAUGGGGAGUUCGAUACAAGAUUACCAUUAGAAGAGAGAGUUUUAGAUCUGGCAUGGAAUAGCAAUUCUGAAAUUCUAGCUGUCCUUCUUACAAAUAGAAUCCAAUUAUGGACAUCCAGGAACUACCAUUGGUAUUUGAAGCAAGAAAUUUAUUCAGAUAAUAUUCAAUAUGUUAAAUGGCAUCCGGAAAAAGAAUUCACUUUAAUGUACGGAAAUGCUAAAGAAAGUGUGAACAUUGUAGACCUUGCUUAUAAAACAGCCCAAGGUCCAAUGUUGGAACCGUUUGACAAUGGGAACAGUUUGGUCAUCGAUGGAACAACUGUCAACAUAUCUCCGCUUGCUAUCGCAAACUGCCCACCACCUAUGUAUUUCAGAGACUUCGAUGCUCCUAAUAAUGUUAUAGAUGUCGCGACAAGUUUAUCAAACGAAAUAUAUGCCGCUAUUACAAAGAAUGAAUUAGUUUUAGCAACUAUUUUGGGUAUGGAUGAAUUAAAGAAAGGGAACCACCCUUCUGUUGCAUGCGUUUAUCCAAAGGUUGACUUCUCCAGCGAACUUGAUUCUUUACGCCAGGUUGCUUUUAUGAACGAUUCUAUUGUAGGUGUUCUAAUUGACUCGGAUAAUUUGUCUAGAAUAGCCUUAAUCAAUGUCCAAGAUGUUUCAGAACCUUACGUUAUCUCAAUUGUAGAGGUGUACGACAAGAUAGUAUUAAUGAGAAGUUCAUUUGAUUACAAUAGCAUCGUUUAUCAAACCAGAGAUGGGUCUAUAGUAGAAGUUAAUUCUGAAGGUGAAACUGAAACUAUUACCCAAUUUCCUGAAUUGGUUCGUGAUUUCAGAUUUAAAAGGGUCCAUAACUCAGAUUCUGCAGAUGAAGGUCAAUGGAGCACAGAAAGCUCGGAAUUAGUCGCGUUCGGUUUGACAAAUAAUGGUAAAUUAUAUGCCAAUAAAACUUUGUUAACUUCUGCUGUCACAUCAUUGGAACUUACUGAUAGUUUCCUAUUAUUUACAACAGCUCAACACAAUUUACAAUUUGUUCAUCUUAAUACAACAAAAUUCCAAGCAUUACCUAUGGUUGAAAAAGAUGUCGAGGACGAAAGAGUUCGUGCAAUUGAAAGAGGUUCCGUUCUAGUUUCAGCGAUACCAUCUAAAGCAUCAGUUAUUCUCCAGGCACCUCGUGGUAAUCUGGAAACUAUAUACCCAAGAAUAAUGGUACUUUCCGAAGUUCGUAAAAAUAUCGUUGCAAAGAAAUAUAAGGAUGCAUUUAUCCAAUGUCGUACACAUAGAAUCCAUUUGGACAUCCUAUAUGAUUAUGCUCCUGAAGUAUUUUUAGAAAACCUAGAUCUAUUUGUUCAGCAGAUUGAUAAUGUCGAUUAUUUAAAUCUGUUUGUAUCCUGCUUGACCGAAGAUAAUGUUACCGAGACUAAAUAUAAAGAAACCUUGAAUAUCGGUAUGUCAGAUAAUUUUGCGAUCACAAAGGAGCCUCUAACAGAAAUGCAACAGUAUAUUAAAAACAAAUUCUUCGAUUCCUCAAAAUCAAAGAUUAACAAAAUAUGUUCUGCCGUUCUAGAAAUUUUAUUGCAUAAUCCAGAAUAUAAGAAAAAAUACAUGCAAACUAUCAUUACUGCAUAUGCAACACAGAAUCCCCAAAACCUAGAAGAUGCAUUGACUUUAAUCAGUUCGUCAAAAGAUCCUAAAGAAAUGGAUUCUAGUGUUACAUAUCUAUGUUUCCUUCAGGAUGUAAAUCUAGUUUACAAAACGGCUUUAUCGCUUUACGAUGUUAAAUUAGCGCUUCUAGUUGCUCAAAAGUCACAAAUGGAUCCUCGUGAAUACUUACCCUUUUUGCAAUCUUUACAUGAUAGUGAACCUCUACGUCGCCAAUUUAUGAUCAAUGAUUAUUUAUCUAAAUAUGAGAAGGCCUUAGAAGACUUAGUAAACUUGGAAAAAGAAGAUAAUACUGUUUCUGAAGAGCUAAUUGACUAUGUUAAGUCACAUGAACUGUACGAGCAUGCCUUAUCACUUUACCGCCAUGAUAAUGAAAGACAAAAUAAUAUUUACGCACACUUCGCAAAGCACUUAAUAUCUAUGCAACAAUAUUCUGAAGCGGCAAUUAUUUAUGAAAUGCUUGGUGAAUUCACAGAAUCAAUGAAUGCUUACGUUUCCGGCAAGAGAUGGGAAGAAGCUAUCGACAUUGCUAACCAACAUCAACCGGAUGCUGUAACAAGGAUUUCAGAAGAAUUGGUUUCUUCAUUGACUUUUGAACACAAGUAUAUCGAUGCAGCUCAAAUUGAAUUAAAGUACUUAAAUAACAUUGAAAAUUCUAUGGAGUUAUACUGUAAAGCUUACCAAUAUGCAACUGCUAGUCUGAUUGCAUCCUCAGCCAAAAAAUCAGAACUGAUAGAGAAAAUUAUUGACCCUGCCCUAGGUGAAGGGUUUGGUACGAUUGCCGAAUUACUUGCAGAUUGUAAGGGCCAAGUUAACUCCCAAUUGAAAAGGAUUAGAGAGUUACGUACUAAAAAAGAAGAGGACCCAUACGCUUUUUAUGGUCAAGAAACUGAACAGGCUGACGAUGUUUCGAUCGCACCUUCAGAAACCUCUACGAAAGAGUCAUUCUUUACCAGAUAUACCGGUAAGACUGGGGGAACAGCCAAGACAGGUGCCUCUAGACGUACUGCCAAAAAUAAACGUCGUGAGGAACGUAAGCGUGCCCGUGGUAAGAAGGGUACUAUCUACGAAGAAGAGUAUUUGGUUCAAUCUAUAGGAAGGUUGAUUGACAGAUUGGAACAGACAAAGCCAGAUGCAACAAAACUUGUGGACGGCCUUUGUAGACGUGAUAAAAGGGAACAAGCAUAUCAAAUCCAAAAGAACUUUAUUGAAAUCAUGGACUUACUACAGGAAAAUGUGAAAGAAAUAUAUAACAUAAGCGAAAAAGACAGAGAAAGAAUUGAUGAAAACGGCGAGGUGUAUUUCAUUCCUGAAAUACCUGUACCGGAGAUCAAAGCUUUUGAAAAGAAUAAGAUUGUCGAUUUUUAG